AUGCAUUCAACCGUGACUGUAGCGAGGAAUCUGGUGGAAAGAGUGCGUUCUCGUUUAAGUGGAAAUGGUAUUGCCAUUGGUGGUCAUAGUUCAUUUGGUUCAGGAGUGAACAUCACCAACGAUUGUAGUAUUUCGUCCAGGAAUAGUUCUGUGGGUUACACUGAAUUGAUGGGAGGUUCAGUACCUUGCCCAAGUUGCAAGGGCUCAGGACGGAUUCCUAAAGAAUUAGAAGAGACAUUGGUAGCUUUGAUUCCUGUCAAUGAUGAGCGCUUGAAACCGAAAAGAACUUGGCUUUAUGUUGUCUCUGUCGUUCUUGGCUGUUUAUCACUGGCCGGUGUUGUGAUUUUCUUAUUAGUACCUCGUGCGGUCUAUUUAACAAGCAUUAGGCCACCAGUUGAAAUUAUAAAAGUAUACGAUCAUGACGAAAGCCACAUCAGUUUUUACUUUAUGAACGAAUGCAACAUAUCUAAUGCUAAUUACUAUACUGUAAGAGUGGUGAAUUCAUCAGCCACAAUUUUAUCGAAAUUUCAACCUUGGUCAACAGAUGUUAUCGGUUUCGGAGGCAAUGCAACAACUGUAUUAGUUGGACCGAGAACCAGUAGAGGGCAUAUUUUGCAAUUUAACAAUACAGUAACGUUGAAAGGUGGCGUCGCGGAGUACUGCCAAGCACCAUUUUCGAGGUUAACUUCUUUAUAUGUAAACAUGCAGUUUGACAUAUCAGUUACUCUUGAAUAUUUAAAUCAUCAUGAGCAAACUACCUUAUCCGUGGUUCAGCAGGUUUGCUGCGUGCCGUCAGGCAAUUGUACUGCUAAUGAAUGGUGA